CGGGCGGGCGCUGGGGCUGCGGCGAGCGCGCUGCGGCCGCUGGGCUCGGCGCCUCCGCCUCGCCGCACCCCGGGCCGCCGCCGCCACCGCGCGGGGGCUCGCGCCGCGCCCCCCACCCCGCCAGGCGAUGGUGCCAGCCGAGGGCGCGCCCGUCCCCCGCCGCCACUGACCGGGACCCACACUCCAUGGCCGCCUCGGCGCCGCCCCCACCGGACAAGCUGGAGGGAGGUGGCGGCCCCGCACCGCCCCCCGCGCCGCCCAGCACCGGGAGGAAGCAGGGCAAGGCCGGUUUGCAAAUGAAGAGCCCGGAAAAGAAGCGGCGCAAGUCCAAUACGCAGGGCCCUGCCUACUCACACCUGACGGAGUUUGCACCACCCCCCACGCCCAUGGUGGAUCAUCUGGUCGCAUCCAACCCUUUUGAAGAUGACUUUGGUGCCCCUAAGGUGGGGGGUGCGGCCCCUCCGUUCCUCGGCAGUCCUGUGCCCUUUGGAGGUUUCCGUGUGCAGGGGGGCAUGGCAGGCCAGGUGCCCCCAGGCUACGGCACAGGGGGAGGAGGGGGCCCCCAGCCUCUUCGUCGACAGCCCCCUCCGUUUCCUCCCAAUCCUAUGGGCCCAACUUUCAACAUGCCCCCCCAGGGCCCUGGCUACGCUCCCCCAAGCAACAUGAACUUUCCCAGCCAGCCCUUCAACCAACCUCUGGGCCAGAACUUUAGUCCUCCUGGUGGGCAGAUGAUGCCAGGCCCAGUCGGGGGCUUUGGCCCUAUGAUCUCACCCACCAUGGGCCAACCUCCCAGAGGGGAGCUGGGCCCCCCUUCCAUCCCUCAGCGCUUUGCCCAGCCCGGGGCUCCUUUCGGCCCUACUCCUCUCCAGAGACCCGGACAGGGACUCCCCAGUCUGCCCCCCAACACAAGUCCCUUCCCUGGCCCAGAUCCAGGCUUUCCUGGCCCUGGGGGUGAGGAUGGGGGGAAGCCCUUGAACCCACCUGCUCCUACAGCUUUUCCCCAGGAGCCUCACUCGGGCUCCCCGGCCGCCGCAGUUAAUGGGAAUCAGCCCAGUUUCCCUCCAAACAGCACUGGGCGUGGUGGAGGCACCCCAGAGGCCAACAGCCUGGUACCCUCCACCAAGGCCGGCGGGGGCUCUGGGCCCCAGCCACCCCCAGGCCUGGUAUACCCCUGCGGAGCCUGUCGGAGUGAAGUGAAUGAUGACCAGGAUGCCAUUCUGUGCGAGGCCUCGUGCCAAAAAUGGUUCCACCGCGAGUGCACGGGCAUGACUGAGAGUGCCUAUGGGCUGCUCACCACGGAGGCCUCAGCUGUCUGGGCCUGCGACCUCUGCCUCAAGACCAAGGAGAUCCAGUCCGUCUACAUCCGCGAGGGCAUGGGGCAGCUGGUGGCUGCCAAUGACGGCUGAUCAGGGCGAGGUGGCAAGGCAGCACGCACAUCCCUCGGCAUGCCUCUAGAAUGAUCGGGCAUCUCUGUUUCCAGUGGCUUCCCAGCGCCAGUGGGGGCCGGAAGAGGGACUCUGCGGGGCAGGCCGAAGAGCCAGAGCACUCACUUUUCUGGAAACUAACGCUUUGAGAUCUACAGGGAUCCAAGAAACCAAAACCCUGUGGUUGUGUCUGGAGGCCUGGGCCAGCGACUUGGAAGAGGAAAGUGGCAAGAAGAGAAUCUGUUGGUCCAGGCCGCCCCUUCCGGGCCCGUGCCCAGCAUUUGGGUCUCACCCAUAGCACCGGCCUUGGGCUUUGGAGUCAAGUGUUAAAUGUUUGUGGUCAGCGUUGUUGGAGACUGUUCCCAUCUCUACCAUAGCCCUUUUUGGGAGCUGUGGGUGACAGCUUUAGGGAAUAAGGGGAGCGUCCCCUCCCUUUCCCUAACUUCCCCUAGCCUCUGAGAUGAAGCAGAGGAAGCAGAGAUCUUAGCUCUGGCAGUGAUCAGGCCAUAAGAGAUGCUGUCAGGACACAGCUCCCUCAUACCAAAGCUUCUGGCCUUUCUCAGCCCCUCAUACUUGGCGCCUGAGGACCACUUUUUUUUUUUUUGGUGGCCAAAAUAAUUGGGAUAUGUGGUCCGACAGCAGAAUCAUUGACGUUUGGACUGGCUUGGCAGCUUGGAUUCUGGCUGUGCCUCCAGCCCCCCACACCUUUUGCCCAUCUGUUGCACAUUUCUUUGAGCACUAGUUUCCAGUUGGUAUGUCUGUCCUCACCUGCCCCUGGGCCUGACUGAGAGCAGCUUGAAAAGAUGCAGAGCCCUGGUAUACCUCAUUUUCCCUCCUGACGAAAGGAUCCCGCGAGGCCCUGCCGUGCUUUGGGGGGAGGGGUGCACCGGUCUCUUCCCUCACUGUCAUACUUGCAGCUGAGGACAGGGAAGGUCUUUGCUUCCCUCUCCCCACCACUUUUUCCCUCCUCCCUGCCAGAGCCCUGCUUGGAUUUGAUUUGAUUUGCAGUUUCAGACAGCAUUGCCACAUACGUAGCUGCUGCUGCUUCCAGUUAGCACACACCGCCCUCAGGUGGGUGGGGAGAGCCGCUCUGCCCUGCAGGGUCCCCUGCCUCCCUUCUCAGCAUCUCUUCGCAAGAGAGAUGGGGUAUAGUGCAGAACUCACCCACCUCACCAGCAGAUGCCAGCAGCCAUGAGGAAGGGAGGAAGCCAGGGCCGUGGGCCUCUCCCCUGUGCCCCCUGCCCGGCAGUGUAGGUGGUGCCCUGCCCGGCUGUCAUGUUCGGGCUGUUUGGCCCCUCUGCAGUCCAUUGCUAUUUUUGUGUUGUGUCCCCACUGCCGCGUUUUGUACAAUGGCUCCCGAGGGAGAGUCUGCCCAGUCCCUCUCGCUCACUCCACUAAUUUUUGGAAGAACAUGGGGUUGGCGGAAAUGUGGGGGGGUCUUUUGUACGGUUGGAUUAAUAAAAUGAUUUGAAAACCUAAAA